CAGGUCAACUUCCAAGAUGUUACCCAAAUCGUACAUGUGGUCUGGUACUUCAGAUGAUACAUCUACAUUUGUGCAUGGGAGGUUGGUGUCCAAGCUGCUUUUCAUCACCGUUUCUAAACAGCAUUGAUUUACCAGUUACGGAAAAUGUUCUCCCCAGUGCACACAGAAGGCUGGCUAUCGGGAACAUUAAAUGGGAGCUCGUCAUCAAAACCUUCAUGUUUUAUGUAAGUGCCUUUUGCUUCUUCUUGCUGCAACUGAGUACAGACCAGCUGGAUUGUAAGGUGUCUUGAAAUCAUGGAGGGACUUCUUCAUUAUAUCAAUCCAGCACACUCCAUUUCCCUUCUGAGCUCCUUGAAUGAGCAACGUCUGAAAGGACAGCUGUGUGAUGUUGUUUUAAUAGUAGGUGACCAAAAAUUCAGAGCUCAUAAGAAUGUACUUGCUGCAAGUAGUGAAUAUUUCCACAGUUUAUUCACUAAAAAGGAGAAUGAAUCUUUGUCAGUCUUCCAGGUUGAUUUUUGUGAAUCAGACGCUUUUGAUAAUGUGUUGACUUAUUUAUACUCCUCCUCCCUCAUUGUGGAAAAAGGUGGACUUGCAGCAGUGCAGGAACUUGGAUACAGCCUUGGUAUUUCUUUUCUAACUAACAUUCUUUCCAAGACACCUCAAGGCCCAUACUUUGCGGGCACUAGUAAAAAGGUAUUAGCAGAUGAUGAUAACAGUGCUUCUCAACAAAGAAGUGUCAUCGUGUGUCAAAGCCAAACUGAAACACAAGAAAAGAAAAAUGAACUUGUGUACAGAGAUGCCAAAACCCCACAUCUGAGCAUAAAUAAAAUAGCUUCAGACAGACCUCAAGCCACAAAACCCAAUGAGCUACCUCCGGCACCACCCUUAACUCGGGGCAGGUACAUGAAAGAGAGCAGCACCCUUGCUUCUGCAAAAUUCAGUGAAUUUUCAAAGUCAUUGGAUGAUCAGAGUAUUCCUGGUUCCGGGAAAAGAAAUGCAGCAUCCACACAGACAGCAAUCAGUAUUUCAGAAACUAGUGAAGAAAGUCCUGUUUUGUCUGACGCAACUAAUAAGGGAAAGCACUUAUUAAUUUCUACAAAUAUUCCAUUGCUUCCUUCAGCAUUAUCCUUUCAUAGUUCAUCAAAGGCUAUACUUUUACCAAAGGGAAGAGGAAAGGCAAGUAGUACUAAUCAGGGAGGAGACGGAAACGUGCCAUUUCACUCAGAAUUAAUGUCUUCAUCCUCUACUGGUGUAUCUGAAUGUAAAGGCAUUGAUAGGAGUGGUCCACUUGUUAAAAGUCUUCUCCGUAGAUCUUUAUCCAUGGAUAGCGAAGUUCCCUUGUCUUCUGUUGCUUUUGAGACAAAAGCUACACCAGCUGCAGCUGUUUCUUCAAGUAGUCCAACAGAAACUUCAGAAGCUGCUGGGUCUGAUAAAGAAAAGGCAUGUACAAGUGGCAAGGCAGAGUCAUUAAAACCUCGGCGCUUACGAUCAUUCACCACCAACCAGGCAACUGAAAAAAAAGACUCUUCUAGUAAACUUCAGCAAGAAGUGAAAAAUGAACCUCCCAGUCCUCACUCUGAGCCCAAAAGCCCACCUACCCCUGAUCCAUCAGAAAUUAUACAGGUGACAGUAGGAGGAUCUUCUCCAGCCACUACUCAUGAAAGUUACAAAAGUUUACUUAGAAUUCCUUACAAAAGGAGAUUACAGACAGAUAGAAGGCUUUCCUUUAAAAGAACAAGGAAUACCAGUGAGUUACCUGGACGUUUUCAAGAAAGUUCUAGUUCUUCCAGUUUAGAUACUGGCCAUUCAAUUUCCGAUCAAAGCAGAGAGGAACAUGAGUCUGAGGAAGCAAAUGUCAACAAAAAGUUUAAAUGCAGAAAUUGCAUUAAGAUUUUCAGAUCUACAGCUGGCCUUAACCGUCAUGUGAAUAUGUACCAUAACCCAGAGAAACCAUACUCUUGUGAUAUUUGUUACAAACGAUUUCAUACAAAUUUCAAAGUGUGGACACAUUGCCAAACUCAGCAUGGUAUUGUUAAAAAUCCAUCUCCUGCAUCUGGUGCAUCUGGCAAUGCCACUGUUCUGGAUGAAAAAUAUCAGAGGAAGCUUACUGACAUAGUAAGGGAAAGAGAAAUUAAAAAGGCUUUAAUAGCCAAACUUCGACGUGGCAGACAUGGCCUUCAAGGACAGUCUAUUUCCCAGGCUUCACAUAUCAUUAAGAAAAACUUUAAAUCUCGAAAUAAAGGGGCCUAUAUCUGCACUUAUUGUGGAAAGCUGUACCGUUUUCUUUCACAGUUUAGACAGCAUCUCAAAAUGCAUUCAGGAGAGAAAGCAGGAGAAAACAGUAGGCCAAUCAAGCCAAAAAUUUCAAAUCAUACUGAACAAACUGAAGAAAGACUGCCAUAUGAAUGCCGACUUUGUCAUAGUAGGUUUUCUUCACUGACAGAACAUACUCACCAUGAGAGGUUAUGCAGUAAUGCUACAGUCUGCCCAUACUGCAGUUUGCGGUUUUCAAAUCCACAGCUUAAACAAGAGCAUAAAGCACAGUGUGAGUACAAGAAACUUACCUGUCUUGAGUGUUUGCGUACCUUUAAAUCCUCUUUUAGUAUUUGGCGCCAUCAGGUAGAAGUACAUAAUCAGAACACAAUGGCGCCAACAGAAAAUUUAUCCCUGCCUCUCACUGACCACAAUGGUGACAUUCCUAGCACAGUGAAAGUGAGACCUGCAGAAAGCAGCAAAAUGGGUAGAGCAGCUUCUUCAAAGGAUGUUGUUGUUUUCAACGAUUCUACAGAACAAGUAAAUUUUGAUUCAGAAGAUUCUUCUUGUAUUCCUGAAGAUCUUUCUCUUUCUAAACACUUUAACAUUUUGGUUAAAGAUGAACCUGCAGAUGAUUUGGAAGAUGAUGUGUCUGAAUCCAGUGUGGAGCAUAAGGAUGUAGGUUCCAAUACAGAUCAAGGGAUAUGGACAUGUGAAAAAUGUGGGAAAAUUUUUACUGUCCUCAAACAGCUUGAACGCCAUCAAGAACUUCUGUGCUCAGUAAAGCCAUUUGUCUGCCACAUCUGUAACAAGGCUUUCCGUACCAACUUUCGUCUAUGGAGUCACUUUCAAACACAUUUGUCUCAGGGUAUUGAUGAACAUACAAGUAAGGAACCUGACCCCCAUCUGUCUUCAAGCUCUCCCUCCCCUCCUCCAGGGCCUCCACCACCACCACCUCCUCCACCAAUCCCACCUUUGGAACCUGAUAGCCCCCCAAGGUUUUCCCCUAAAAAUGAAACAAAUGACAAAUUGUUUGCACCACAGGAAUCGGAUACUUUAUUCUACCAUGCACCACCAUUAUCAGCAAUCACUUUCAAGAGGCAGUACAUGUGCAAACUUUGCCACAGAACCUUCAAGACUGCUUUUAGUUUGUGGAGCCAUGAACAGACUCACACUUAGCUGGUCAGUGGGAUUUUGCUAUAUUACAUUCAGCAAGAUGUUUCAGCCAUCUCAGAGAAUGUAAUUUGUAUUAAAAGGAAGUAAAGUAUGAUAGGUCAUAGCAGAUGUUCAUGCUGUAAGAAUAUCAGAAUCUGGCUAAAGAAACAUUGCUUACAGUAGGUUGAAUUUAUUGAACCACUUUUUUCUCUGCCAAUAAUUUAAAGUGAAAUGCUUUGGAACUGGCAGGUUAUUUUAACUGAUAUUCAGAAUACAAACAUUUUAGUGUGGUUUUGCCACAGCUGUACUGAUAACUGUUGCAGUGAAUUAGACUGUGUCACUUUAUUACACUAGAUAUAACCCAAGUUGUUUCUUUUUCUGGCAAGAGUUAUGAGUAACAGUCUUAUAUAUAGUUAGGCCUGAUUCUUUUGACUGUGCAAAAGAUUGCUAUACUAGUCAGGAAUUCAGUAGUCAGUAGCAAUAAACAGUAAACUUAACCCAGCACAUUGAAGGAGAUUUUUUGUACUUUUUUAAUAAAUGCCAGAUAUUAAGACACAUCAGCUUUGUUACAUGAAGAAUGCGUAUUCAUGAAGAGGAAUUUUGGCUUAGUAAUAUUAAUGCAUCUUUUCAAUGAAUUGUUUAGCUUUGAACUGGACAGUAUUUGUUAACUAUGCUGAAAUUUGCUGUGGUGAAAACAUGCAGACGUACAGUAAAAAAACGGAUCUUUCGUGCUUAAGGAUAAAGCAAUUAGCAGAACACACUCAUGUUACUUAGAAAAUAAAACAGUACUGAGUUAAUUUUCCUUUUGCUUUGUACACCAUGGUUGUGCUUUGAGUUAACUUUGUUUUCCUUUCCAUACUUAUUGAGUCAGGUCUUGCUCUGUAACAUAAUAAAAGUAGCCAAAUUCA